UAUGUGUUGUAACGGUUCAGAUGCAAAGGCAUGGAGAAACCGGGGAGAGUAAAAAGGAAGCACCUGAUCCCAGCAUUUAAUAAAGGAAACUGAUUUGGACUAUAAAGGCCAGAAUUAUUCAGAAUCAUGCCACACUGCUCACUAGACAAUGUUUCACUCUCUCCGAUUGACCACCAGGUCCUCCUCCCUCAGACGACUCAUCUCCGCCGCGACCGCCGCCGCCAACGGAGUCUCCGUCUCCGGGAGAAGAGGUUCUCUCGCCCAAGUCCACCAGCAGCAGCGGCGGCACAAGUUCAGCAGCGAAGGCGGAGGAGAGUACGAGCACAUAAGGGCGGAGGUGAACUGUCCGCGAUGCUCGAAGCAAAUGGUGGUUCUGUUCUCGACGCGGCCGCUGUCGAUUACGGGAAGAGAGACGGGGCUUUACCAGGCCGUCAAUCUGUGCAGCAAUUGCAACACCGCCUUCUAUUUCAGGCCGUCCAAGCUCCUCCCUCUUCAUGGCACUUUCCUCGAGAUUGGCAGGCUUAAGCCUCAGCCUCCCCCGGCCGAUUCCGAAUCCUGCCAGACUUCCUCGCCGGCGAUGGACUUGCCCACCCCCAAGGAGAUAUGUAAGGCCCUUGACGACUUUGUUAUCGGCCAAGAAAGAGCCAAAAAGGUGCUUUCGGUUGCGGUUUAUAACCACUACAAAAGAAUACGGCACUCCUCCCAAGAGAGAAGAAGGACUACCAGGGCUGGUGUAUAUUCAGUUGAUUGUAAACCUCACAGUGUUGAUACUGAUUCUGUUGAGUUGGAGAAGAGCAAUGUGUUACUGAUGGGCCCCACUGGUUCAGGGAAGACUUUACUUGCUAAAACACUAGCCCGUGUUGUGAAUGUUCCAUUUGCCAUUGCUGAUGCAACAACAUUAACCCAGGCAGGUUAUGUUGGAGAAGAUGUGGAAUCAAUAUUGUAUAAACUUCUUACGGAAGCUGAGUUUGAUGUGGAAGCAGCUCAGAAAGGGAUUGUCUACAUUGACGAAGUUGAUAAGAUAAUAAAGAAGGUUGAGAGCUCAAAUAUUGGCCGAGAUGUAUCUGGAGAGGGUGUCCAACAGGCAUUGCUGAAAAUGUUGGAAGGAACUGUAGUUAAUGUUCCUGAUAAAGGAGCUCGGAAACAUCCCCGUGGUGAUAGUAUACAGAUGGAUACAAAGGAUAUCCUUUUCAUAUGUGGUGGGGCUUUUGUUGGUUUGGAGAAGACUAUUUCAGAAAGACACCAAGAUUCUUCCAUUGGAUUUGGAGCACCAGUUCGGGCAAACAUGAGGUCCAGUGGAUUGAUUGACGCCAUAGUGACAUCAUCUUUGUUGGAAUCUGUGGAAAGUGAUGAUCUUAUUGCUUAUGGCCUGAUACCUGAGUUUGUUGGGCGCUUUCCUAUUUUAGCGAGUUUGUCAUCUUUAAACGAGGACCAACUUGUUCAGGUACUCACAGAACCUAAAAAUGCCCUCGGUAAACAGUACAAGAUGAUGUUCGACAUGAACGAUGUCAAAUUACACUUUACUGACGAUGCACUGAGAUUGAUUGCAAGGAAGGCAAUGGCAAAGAACACCGGUGCAAGAGGUUUGAGAGCCAUAUUGGAGAAUAUUCUUACAGAAGCAAUGUUCGAGGUUCCAGACAUCAAGACAGAAACCAAUAGUAUACAUGCAGUUCUGGUUGAUGAAGAAGCUGUUGGGUCAGUGGACGCUCCAGGACGAGGAGCCAAAAUUCUUAGUGGUGAUGACAUAGCGGGGCAAUUUCUUCAUGAAACAAAGUUGAGAGAGGACAUGCGAAAGCAGGGGGCAGGUGAAGAUGAGUGUUUGCAAGAAGUUUUGGAGCUCCAAUCAGGAUCCUUUGGCUUGUAAUAUCUCUGCUACAAUGUAUGAAAUAUAUGCUCAUAUAAAUAUAGUAGUUAUAAAGUGAACUUUUGCUAUGCCCUUCCAAUACAAGUGAGUAGCAAUUCAAGAAUAGAACAUGAAUCUUUUUGCCUUGUGUCACCGAGACCAAGAAUUUCCUGUAUUAGCAUUGUGACCUGCUUUGGCAAUCUACAAGCAUAUUUAUUGCUUUUAGGCAGAAAUAGGCAAAAUGUCGCUUGAACGUUGCUUGUAGUAUGCUAGUGAGUGUGUUGAGAGUAUAUUGCUGAACUGCUCCGAGGAAAGUAGUCGGUGAAUUAGCACUCCAACAGGUCCUAGUAUCCACACACU